UCACCGUGUUAAGCGAUUUUCGUUUAAAUUAUUUUUCGGCAGGCUAUGAGGUUGGUUACAGAAAAAAAUAGGUUAUUAUACUCAGAUUCAGAACAAGUUAUAUUAUAAAUACUUUUUACCGUUCCUUGAAGGUAUCGAAUUUUUUGUCCCAUCUAUUAUGUAACAUUAUAUAGAAAAUACUUAGCAUGCGAUGGUUUUACGCACUCUCGUGAAAUUUACCCCAUCUUGUCUGAGAACCAUAAAAUGCUACUUGUUCUGUUGCACAAAAAGAUGCAAUUACGUCGUCACGGUUAGUGCGACGAACGCGUGUGCCUUGUACAAGAGGAAUUCUUUCGAUCCUGAGCACGUUACGGUUUGGUUAGCAGUAAAUACGCGUGCGUAACGUAAAACCAAUUCGGCUAACACUUUACAACCAACGUCAUAACCUACCUGAACUGUUUUUCAGUCUACCGACAGUUUCCAGAACAACGUUGACGGUGACAAACGUGAAUCGGUUGACACUGUCUUUCCGUUCCGAAGGAUUUGAUGUAAGUGAUCACGGCAAGGUAUGUUUCGCAUCCCAAAAACAAUGCCUGUGACUACAACAGUCACAAAGAAGCCAAAGCAAAUGCAAGUUUGUUUAUAUGCAUCUUAUGAAUGCUCACAGCCUUGUCUUGAGGGAUACAAUUAUUGUGCCAAGCAUAUCCUGGAAGAUACAAAUGCACCUUACAAACAAUGUGGUUUCGUGUACAAUACUAAUGGCAGGAAAUGCCAGAACCCAGCACCAAAGUUAGACAGAAGGGAUAUUUCAUAUUGUUCUGAGCACACUAGAAAGGCCCAGAUUGCGCGCAUUAAGUCAACAUCACGUCAUGCAUUGCCACAGACACCUGAAAUGCUUUUACUCAAUUUAAGUCACUAUGUUAAGCCAACUGAUUCCAGUACAGAAGAUACUGAAGAUGAAGAAGGGAAAGUCAAAGCAUUAGAUCCCUUCACUGAGGUAGAUGCAACUAAGGUAAAUGCAAGUGGAUGUGAUAUUUUGGAUUAUGCAAGUUCUUCGGACAGUGAUGUUGAGCCUACUGUAGUAAACGAUACAUUAAGAGGAAGUUAUCUAGAUGAUAGUGAUAAUGAAAGUUUGUAUAGCGCACAAGAAGAUCCCUUAAAUAUUAAUUUUUUAAGGCAUGCAGGAAUUUUUACUGCUGAGGAGGUGAUAUAUAUUGCGAGAGAAAAAUUGAUACGAUUACAGUCACUUUAUAUAGAUCAAUACAGAAGACUGCAGUACACAUUGAAAGAAAAGAGACGAAAAUAUUUGCAUGGUCUUAAAAAGGAAAAGGAAACCUUGUGUGCCAUACAUGAUCAACCAAAGGAAACUGCAAAAGAAAAGAAAAUGUAUGAGAAAUUAAAAGCUUUAAAUCGAUAUCACAGAAGAAGUGGAGUCGAGGCUAUUCUAUAUAGAAAAUCAUUAGAGCGCAGAGCACAGGCAACUGAAGGGCCUGCACAAAAAAUUCCUAGUAUAUCAAAAUGUAUAUUCACAGAAGGAGGAGUGAAAUGCGGAGAAAGAACUCUUCCUGCUGCAAAGCAUUGUCGUAAACAUAUUCUUAAAGAUCAACAUCAAGUUUUAUUCAAAGCUUGUGGUGCUGUUAGAGCAGAUAUAGAAUGCCAUGAGCCAGUACCUGUGAUUUUUGAUACAAAUUGUGUUUUCCAUAUGAACUUACCAUCUGAAUGUAAACUAGAAUCCAUGAAGUUUAAGGAAAUAAAGCCGGAAGUGCCAGAGAUGUCGAUAACAGAUAGUCAGUCCAUGGAGAUCGACGUAGUGGGUGAAAUGCAAGAAAUUGAUCCAGAUGAUGACAUGGCUGGGUUAAUGAGAGAAAUGAGCGAUGCUGCUCACAUAAAGCCAGUGUUUAAUGAAAGCUUAAAUAGCGAAGCUAGCACGGACACUGCGUUUAGUUUAUCAGCACAGAUGAGUGAUAAAGAUGACCUCGUUUCUGUAUGACAUAUUUUUCUAUGAUCUCACAGCUCACAAUUGAUAUCUGUUGUUACAUAACUUUGAUAAAGUUACUUGGAUAACAUCGUAUUACUUAACAAUAUUGAAAUACGUAAUGAGUGAAAAGUUGUAUUACAAUUAUUUAUUGAUUGUUUAAACGCUGGACAAAUAUUUUGAAUAGAUGAUACAUAUUAUAUGACAACAGAAACCAUUCGUGUAUGUUAUAUUUGUUAAGUACUUCAUUUGUAAAUAUGUCACUCACUAAGAUCCUUUUACUAAUCAAUUUGAAGAAAUAAAAAGGAUAAUCGUUUGUAAACUUUU